AUGGCGAAUAAAGUUACUAUGCAGAAACUUCAUGAAUGGGGAUCAAUGUACGAGAAAAAAUUUGAAUAUGUUUUUGUGACAUGUGCAGUUGGUAGGACCUCUGAAGGCAUACUUACUGAAUUAAAGAUGCGCUAUAGAAACACGCAUGUUGUUGAAUUGGAUAUUGCUUCAAAAGAGGAAAUGAAUGUCAGCUAUUCAGGAGAAAUAGUUAAUGACACUCUAGAUAGGGCAGAGACUGAUUCAGAAGACAAUUUAGAUGAUAUCUCCUCCGGUGAAAUUGACAUCUCCAGGCAGUUUGAGCUCAAUAAGGUUCCAGAAGAAGAAAAUGAAACCUUAUACACCCAACAAAGAGAAUAUGAUGUACAUGCUGCAAAAAGGAGCUUCAAUCUGAACAAAAAGCCAUGGUUUGUGUAA